AUGCUGGAUCGGAAGGAUCUCGUUGCGGACGAAACUCUCUUCGCGGCAGCGGUAAUUCUCAGAGCAUUCGAGGAGACCAAUGAGUCGAAGAUGGGCGCCGAGCCUGAACGGCAUCUCACCGGUACAUCGGUCUUCGCCAACGCCCAGCUUGAAUUUUGCACCUGGGGUGGCUUGGGCCAUGCUGCGUUCUGGGUCUUUGUGCGACAAGAUAUCUACAUGUCUCUGUUAAAACAGAGGCCGCUCAAGGUAGACUUAUCCGGGUGGGAGGAGCGAUUGCCCUUCGAUUUGGGAUUUAAUGCCGCUACAGACUGUACAUGGGCCAAUCGGAUGAUAUGGAUAGUGGCCGAGAUUGCGAGUUUCUGUUUUGGUGAUCGCUUAAGCUCUACCAAUUGGGAGGCUGCCCGGGCCAAGACGGAGCGUUGGAACCUUACGCGACCAAAGUCGUUUGAUCCCAUUUUGUACAUUGAUCGAGAUGAGGAAGCGAAAAGAUAUUUCCCAGAAAUACGACUUGGACAUCCCUGGCAUGUCACUGGAAUGCAAUACUACUACAUUGCGAAGCUGUUCCUCGCGGUAUACAAUCCAGCUGUGCCUCGAAUCGGGCUGGGGGUCCAAAAACAUCGCAAAAGCAUUUCGGAUGAAGUCCUUCAAAACGCCGAGGCUGUCUGUGGAAUUGCCUUCGUAACAUCCCUUGUCGCGGUGAAGCUGACAGCGUGCACAGCGAUUAUCGCCUGCGGGCCAUGGUUUCAUGACCGGCCUCGAGCAGAGCAGGAAUUGCUACUCCAAUUGCUCCGACGCACAGAAAUGGAGAGUGCACGGCCCACGGAGUCAUUAAUUCAAGGAUUGAUGGAAGAAUGGGAGUGGUGA